GUUUCUUUGUUCCUCCCUCUUAAACUUCCCAGCAUAGUAAGAGAUGAUUUGUGUAUUUUAGAAAUUAUAUUAUGGCCUACUUAUCAUUUCAGAUUCUGAGACCAGGAAUAAGAUGAAGGACCGGAAGGCAAAGAUGAAAAUUUCUGAAGAAAAAGAUUCAGCAAGGGUUGUAUCAGGAAGACUCCAAAGACAGAUCUCCCAGGAAUGUGGGUUAGUUGAAACCAGUGACCUAGAACACAGGUCAUUGAGGCAUUGGGUUAGCCCCUUAGGGGAUACAGCGAGACAGCCCACUUCCCAAGAGAGAGGUAUUAGGAAAGUAAAUCUCAUUACUAAGGAAGCUGUUGCAGGAGAGAGGGGCUGUGAAUGUAAUGAAGGAGGAAAAAUACUUUCUGCCAGAGGAAGAUCCCACAGAUAUGAGGUCUGUGGACAGAGCUUCAAACAGAAAUCAGAAGUAACUGAACAUGAGAAAAUUGAUAAUAUCAAGAAAACCUAUGAUGUAAGGAGUGUGAAAAAACUUUUAAUCAGGGCUCAUACAGGAAAGAAACCUUAUAUACAUGAAUGUGGGAAAGACUUCAAUCAGAGCUCUAAGCUGGUUAGACAGAAGAGAAUCUACAGUGGCGAGAAUCCCUAUGAAUGUAAAGAGUGUGAGAAGACCUUCAAGAUAUGUAAUGAGUGUGGGAAGGUCUUUAAUCAAAGCUCAGAUCUUACAAUACAUCACAGAAUUCACACAGGAGAGAAACCCUAUGAAUGUUUUGAAUGUGGACAAACCUUCAGUCAGUCACACCUUGUCACACAUCAGCAAAUUCAUUCUGGAGAGAAACCAAGUGUAAUUAAUGUGAAAAAGGCCUUACAGCAGUGUUCAGACCUUACUGAACAUAGACUCCACAAUGGAGAGAAACACCAUGAAUGUUGUGAAUGUGGGAAAUCCUUCAGUGGGUACACAGCUUUCCUGAAACACCAGAGACUGCAUACUGGAAAGAAAGAAACUGAAUGUGAAGAAGCCUGCACUUCUGGCUUGGACCUUAUCAAACAACAGAGAAUUCAUAGGGAAGAAAAACCUUUGUAACGUACUGAAUGUGGAAAAACUUUCUGGGGAAAUUCAGAUCUAAUUUGGCAUUGGAUAAUUCAUACUGGAGAGAAACCCUAUGAGUGCAGUGAAUGUGAGAAAGCCUUUAGCCAGAGGUCUUACUUUGUUACACAUCAGAAAAUUUAUACUGGAGAGAACCCCUAUCAGUGCAAAGAAUGUGGGAAAGUCUUCCGGCAGCUUUCACUCCUUAAUCAACAUCUGAGAAUCCACAAUGGUGAGAAACCCUAUGAAUGUAAGGAAUGUGGAAAACCAUUCAUCCAGCACACAGCUUUUCUCAAACAUCAGAGACUUCAUACUGGAGAGAAAGUUAAAGAAAGUGAGAAAACAUUCAGCAAGGAUGAGUUGUUUAGAGAAGAGCAAAGAAUUCACCAAGAAGAGAAAGCUUAUCGUGGUAGAACUUUCCAAGGCAGCUCAGACCUCAUCACUCAUCAUUUAACUCAUAUGGGAGAGAAACCAUAUGAAUGUAAAGAAUGUGGGGAAACUUUCCAUCAGGGCUCAGACCUUAUGAAACAUCAUAGAAUUAACAGUGGAGAAAAACUUACAUUCAGCUCGGAUCUUAUUAAACACUAUUGUGUUCAUACUGGAGAGAAAUCCUAUGGGUGCCUUGAUUGUGGGAAGGCCUUCAAUCAGAACUCGCACUUAUUUAGUCACCAGAGAAUUCACACUGGAGAGAAACUCUUUGAAUGUCGCAGAUGUGGGAAGGCCUUUAGUGAGCACACAGCUCUUAAACAUCAGAAACUUCACACUGGAAAGGAACCUGGGGAAUGUGAAAGAAUCUUCAAGCAGGACUUAUUCUGUAGGUAA